AUGUAUGCUAUUGAUACUAGUGUCACUGGUGACUGUUACCUGUGUGUACCGCCUGACCUGGGCACUGAGGCUGCUGCUCUAGGUACUAGUGAGGCUGCUGCUCUAGGUGCUAGUGCGUCUCCUGCCCCACGUGCCACUGCGUCUGCCGCCCCAGGUGCUGGUGAGUCUGCUCUCUCAGACCGCACCACUCUUACGCCGCUUAGUCGGCCGGUUGCAGUCUCUCUGGAAGACCCCUCUGGGGGUCCUGUCCUUGCUAGCUUCUCCACUGUCCUACCGUGCCCGGCAGCCCCCUCUAGCACCCUGUCUGGUCUCUACCUCCCCUCGUUCUCUACGAACUUGGUGAGUGGAGCGGACCUACAGGAUAGGGGGGUUGACCAACUCUCUUUUGGCACCCCCGCCUUGGUCACCCCUCCUUGCCUCGUCUCCGAGGCAUGGCCUCCCGUGUCCUUGUCUCUGGUCUCCCACGGUCUCUCCCUCCCUUUCCUCCGGGGCCUGGCCCUACCUGCCCCGCGUCAGUGGGCAAGGGCGAGAGCGGUACUUCUGUUGGUGGUUGAUGACUACUCGCGUUUCACCACAGUCUUCCCCUUGCGCAGCAAGGGUGACGUCACUGAGGUGUUGAUCGACUGGAUCCGCGCAGCUCGUCUCCUCCUCAGAGAGAGUUUCGGCUCGGACUUUCUUGUUGUGCGUCUGCACUCGCACAGAGGCGGGGAGUUUUCCUCUGCCCGUCUGGGAGCCUUCUGUCGUGCACAGGGCAUCCGCCAGACCUUCACGCUUCCGGCCUCUCCACAGCAAAAUGGGAUUGCUGAGCGCCGCAUUGGCAUGGUCAUGGACGUCGCUCGUACGUCCAUGAUGCACGCGGCUGCCCCCCAUUUUCUGUGGCUGUUUGCGGUUCAGUACGCCGCGCAUCAGCUCAACCUUCAGCCCCGGGUCUCCUUGCCAGAGACCUCCCCCGCCUUGCGGUGGACAAGGAAAGUUGGCGAUGCGUUUGCGUUUCGGGUCUGGGGAUCUUGGGCGUUUGUCCGCGACUUGUCUGCGGACAAGCUGUCCCCCCGUGCAGUUCCCUGCGUCUUCCUUGGCUUCCCCCCUGACGCGCAUGGGUGGCAGUUUUACCACCCCACCUCGCGCCGUGUUCUGUCCUCCCAAGACGUCACCUUUGACGAGUCGGUGCCUUACUACCGUCUCUUCCCCUACUGCACUGCGCCCCUCCCCCCAACACCGCUCUUCCUUGCGCGAGGUCCUCCCCAGGUAGACCCCCUCCCUCCUCAGGGUCCUGCCCCGUCAGGUGUGUCCCAGGUAGACGCAGUCGAGCCUGUCGAGGUAGCUGUUGACUCUGGUGCUGCUAGAGGUGCUGAGCCUGCGGGUGCCGGGUCUUGGGGUGCUGAUUCUGGGGGUGCUGAGACUGGGGGUGUUGAGCCUGGGGGUACUGGGUCUAGGGGUGCUGAGCCUAGGGGUGUGGAGACAAGAGGUGCUGAGCCUGGGGGUGCGGAGUCUAGGGGUGCUGGGUUUGCUCGUGUGGCCGCCGGCGGUGCUUCGUCGAGGCGGGAGCCGCUCUCUCCACAGGAGUUGUGCGAGUGGUUUGCCCGCCGCUGGAGACGUGCUGCUGAGACUGGGGGUGCUGCUAGAGCUACUGGAGUUGGUCCUGCUGGAGCUGUUGGCGGUGCUGGUGCUAUUGGAGGUGGAGCUGCUGGGGGUGUUGGCGCUGGUGUUUCUACUGGUGCUGGUGCGUUUGGGGGUGUUGCUGAGGCUGCUGGUGCUGACGGUCCUACUGGAGCUGGUGCUGCUGGAGCUGGAGCUGCUAGGGGUGUUGGCGCUGGAAGUGCUGCUGGCGCUGGUGCUUCUGAGGGUGCUGGAGUUGGCGCUGUUGGAGGUGGAGGUGCUGCUGGCGCUCGUGCUGCCGCUGGGGGUACUUGUGCCGUCCUUGCUGGUUCUGGAGGCGCUGAGCGGCCGGGGCCGUACUUCGUUUCGCUCCUGGAGCAGGUUCUUGGUCUCCCGCCCACUCCUGGUCCUGCUCCUCCCUUAGAUUGUCCACAGCUUGUCCAGUCGCCAUCACAGUUACAGCCUGCCUCCUCGCUACCUGCUCCUUCUUCCUACACUAGUCCUACUAGAGGUCUUGCUGAGCGUCGUGAGCCUGCGUCUCGUCCUGCGUCGCCUGUUCGGGCUGCUCGCUCUACUAGUCGUGCUGCGCGUCCGCGUCCUCCUGUGGUCCCCGGCACACACCAGAUGGCAUUGCGUCCUUCCACUGCUCCUCUGCGUGUCCCGUUGCCGUCUCCUCCAGAGCCCUCUCUUCCUUCUCUUGCUGACCCGGAGUCAGACUCCCUUCGUGCUGCUAGUCCUUCGGUCACGCGCCAUCUUGCUACUGUUGUCACUGACCCUUCCUCUGAGUCCACUGCUGCGUCUGCCCUAGUUGCUGAGCUUGUCGACUUUGCUGCUCGCUGUCGUCUAGACUAUGCUGCUAGUCUCGUUGCUGAGUCUGAGUCUGUCUGUCCUCCGUCCGUCGGGGGUGAGUGUGCUCUUAGCACGGACGUCCUUGAGGACAGGCAGGAGGAUUUCCAGUGCUUUGCUGCUGCUUUGCCCCAUCUCGUGUCCACGCUGAUUGCCCCUGAGGGAGACCCGGAUGCUCCAGACAUCCCGACUUCUCGAUCGUACGCUGAGGCGAUCGAGGGUCCCUACUCCUCUCAGUGGAAGUCGGCCAUGGACGCAGAGAUGGCUUCCUAG